CUGAGGCACCCGGCAGCAGCUGCUGCAGCAGCAGCAGCAGCUGCUGCUGCUGCUGCCCCGCUUGGUGCUGCUGCUCCGGGCGCGGGAGCUGGGGCAGCAGCUGCUGUCGGAGCAGCUGCAGCGGACGAUACGCUGCUGCGGAAAGAAGCAGAAGCUGCAGCAGCAGCUGCUGCUGCUGCUUCUGAAGCCUCCAUCUGGCAACAGCAGCAGAGAGGAGCAGCAGACACAGACGGCUGUAGACUAAUUUCGGGACAGGGACAUGGCCGGCGGGGCACCUUCGAUGAACAUCAGCAGCAGCAGCAGCAGCAGCAGUUCUAUGCGUCCCAGCAGCAGCAGCAGAAAGAGCACAGACACCAGCUCCUGCAACAGCAGCAGAUGCUGCAGCACGUUCAGCAGCAGCAGCAGAUUCUACCGGAAGCAGGCCCCAAGAGAACAGAGGACAGAGGGCUUAGUAAGGGCAAUGCACCCCCAGCAGCAGCAGCAGCAGCAGCAGCGGCAGCGGCAGCAGCACCUGCAGCAGCAAUUGCAAGUCCGCAGCUGAGUUCUUCAAAGCACCAGGGCCUCUUUGGCUUCAGCCACCGGCUGCUGCACCCAAUAGACAAGAGCGGGUCCCACAUCAAGCGCCAGCAGCAGCAGCAGCAGCAGCAGCAGCAGAGUCCGGCGCCCGAGCCCACGAGCCUCCUUCGCCGCGGAGGGAGUUUUGCAGCGGCGUGUCUGCACAGCGGAGCCCUCCUGCGUUCGCGCAGCUCCCUGCAGCAGCAGCAGCAGCAGCAUCAGCAGCAGCAGCAGCAGCAGCAGCAGCAGCUGGAGUUUCCUCCGGUGGUGAAGCACUCGCACGCGCACCAGCAGACGCAGAAGGCGAGCGGCGCAGCAGCAGCAGCAGCAGGGGGCCCCGAGGAGGAAGCAGUGGUGGAGGACGGGGAGGGCCUCGGGCAGCUGCACCUGCAGCUGCUGGGGCCCCGGCGGCGGUUUGCGCUGAAGCUGCUGGAGAUCGACAAGACUGAAGAGAGCCGGCUGAAGUACCGGACGCACAGCGUGCUGCAGGAGGGUUUGCAGCUGCGGGGACUUUGCUGCCAGCUGUGGGGUUCGCGGGCCGCAGCAGCAGCAGCAGCAGCGCGGCGGAGCGGGCGGGGGCUGAGCGCGGGGGAGGCGCUGCUGCUGCAGCAGCUGGCGGCGCUGCGGCGCGGCGCGCCCGCGGCGCACCCCGAGCUGCUGCUGCUGCAGCUGCAGCAGCUGCAGCAGCAGCAGCGCGCGCCCGAGCUGCUGCAGCCCGCCAAGCAGCUCCCCGUGCCGCGCUACUUCUGGACGGCGCGCGGCCUAGCAGCAAACGGCAGCAGAGUCCUGGGCGUGGCCAUGGAACGCAUAGAAGGCCGCACGCUGACGCAAGUGCUGCAGCAGCUGCGGGCCCCCUGCCGCGCUGCUGCUGCGCUGCUGGCGCUGGAGAUCUGCAUCAAGUUCGUCCGCAGCCAGCGCGUCCUCGCCUGCGAGCUCGAGAGGCCCCUCAUCAACUGGGACACAAAGCCCGGCAACGUGUUAGUUGAACUCUCCAGGUCUGCUGCUGCGCUGCACUGCAUGCGCUGCGUCAUCAUAGACCUGGGCGACGCGCUGCCGGGGCCCCGCUUCCGCUUCCCCACGCGGCAGCAGCCGGGGGCCCCCCCCAGCUACGUGAUCUGCACCAAAGGCAGCUGCAGCCCGGAGUGCGCAGUGCUGGUCUUUCUGCUCGCCAGCAGCAGCAAAAGCGACGCCUUCCGCCGCACUUGGUACGGCCACGCCGACCUCAGGCUCAUGCUCAGGGCCAAGAGGGAGCGCCUGCAGCACAGGUGGCACAAGCUGCAGCAGACCGGCGUCCUCCGCCGCAGA